AUGGAUCAUAGGCGGGACCAUGCACGAAGGCGUAGGGAGAAGAUAUUCAAAGGUGUGGUGACAAACUCAGCUGAUCUUAAAGUUCAUUAUGUCAGGGUCAACCGAUUUUUUGGGCAAAGAACAUCAGAAGUCAAAGAUGCUAUCAAUAUUGCAAAUUCUGAAUUGACCAUACACUUACAUGAGAAAAUUUGUGUUAUCUAUGAUCAGAAUGAGCAGGAAGUCAUAGGCAUUAUCCAAUUUUUGCCUUUCAGAGAGAUGAGCAACAAGAAAUUUAAAGAAUUGGAAGAAAUUUCAAAGUACCUUGCAGAAGAAAGAAGAUUUUGUCAGGAGAUAAUGGGGAAUGCAUUUCAGCGAUCAGGACACAUGUAUGCGCUUGGCUGGACAGCUGCAUUUCAUAAAAAAUAUUUUUAUGCUACUUAUUUACCUCCAUUACAUAUCCGAGAUGAUCCUAUUGCGUGUAAAGAAUUGAUGGCACGUUUACCCUUUAGAGAGGAUAUCGAGAAUUUUUAUAUCUCUGAAUUUGGUAGUCUAUCAAAGCACUUCUUGAAGAUCCAACAAGAACAGACUCGAGAACUCAAAGUACCUACAUUGGGUCAACUAACCGAGAACAAGGAAGAUGACAAGACCGGUCUAGGUUCAAAUCUCACCUUCACCUUUGAAUCUUUCUCCAAUGUUCCACAUCAAGACCAUGAUGUAUCCAAAACAACUUUUUUCCUCUCAGUCCCAGUAUUCAACAAUGGCAAGCUUGCUUGUCAUUCAGAGGGAUUUGAUGUGAUCAAUGGACGAUUACUAUUUAAUGAUUGGGGUAUUGCAGCAGAUCUAGGUUCAUGUGAUGGUGCUGUUACAGUGAUCUACUUUGGAAAUAAGGACCGACAUUGUACUCUUCCUUCUCAAGAACCAUCAGGCAGGUUUACUGGAUUAAGUAGUUCUGUUCAGAUUAGUAAAAGACUUUUUGAAAGGGUAACAGCAUAUGCUACUCCUGAAUCUCAAUUAGGAAAGGGUAAAAGUGUGGCUAGCCCAGAGAAUCUGGUUCUAGAAUAUAGCAAAGACUUGGUCCAGUGUUUUUCUGAUUUUAAUAUCAUAGUUUGA